AUGCCUCUCGCAAGACCAGCCAACCCGAAGGCAAAUGUGCUCGAGCAUUUCUCGCUCAACGGAAAAGUCGCUGCUGUGACUGGCGGCGCUCGUGGAAUUGGUCUUGAGGUCGUGAGAGGCCUUGCUGAGGCCGGGGCUAGAGCUGUCGCCCUCAUCUACACGUCCAGCAAGAAUGCUGAGGAGACAGCAGAACAGAUCUCGAAGGACACCGGUGCCACUGUCAAGGCAUACAAGUCCGACGUCACGGAUAAGGACACUAUUACUGCUACCAUCAAUCAAGUGGCAAAGGACUUCGGCAAACUCGAUAUAUGCGUCGCUAAUGCCGGCAUUGCCUCUCACUACGACAGUCUGGAUUAUACUGCAGAUCAAUGGCACGAUAUCAUGCGUGUCAAUUUGGACGGUGCGAUGUUCACAGCACAAGCAGCUGGCAAAGUGUUCAAGCAACAAGGCCCAGGGGCAGGCAGUAUGAUCUUUACAGCAUCGGUCUCUGGCAUACUUGUCAAUAUUCCACAGAAGCAAGCAGCUUAUAACGCUUCCAAGGCCGCCGUGAUCCACCUCGCGAAAUCGCUAGCUGUAGAGUGGGUUGACUUUGGUCGGGUUAAUUGUAUAAGUCCAGGGUUUAUCGAGACGGAUAUGAUCGGUACCCUUCCCAAAGAAUGGAGCGAAAAGUGGCCAGAACUGAUCCCUGGAACUCGGUUCUGCGAUGCUGCAGAGCUGAAGGGCGCCUAUGUGUACCUCGCCAGUGAUGCUUCUUCAUAUAUGACGGGGGCCAAUCUGGUAAUCGAUGGUGGCUACACUCUUCCUUGA